AUCGGGACUAUAUGGAGGAUGGUCCAAUAAUUCCACGUUUUCUUCCGUUAAAUACUGCCUGUUUUUUGGGCUGUAUGCGAGCUUGCAUGUCUUGGUGGAGGAUGAUUCUUCUUUCGGGGUUCACCUUGGAACACCCAAACAGCCGACUGUCGUUUAUUUUCUGGUUCAUAACAGUAAUCCACGAUUCAUCACCACUAAAUGCUGUACACAUUUUUUGAGUUUGCGG